AUGUUGCACUUGUUCAAAAGCAUCACACAUAUGCGCACUAAAACAUAUAUUUAUUUAAUAAAAGGAAAGAUAUAUUUGGAGCGAAAAAUGGGAAAAAACGUGGAAAAUAAAUGGUGCACAAAUAAGGAAAGUAGAUGGAUAAUCCCUUUGUGCACUUUACAAUGCUUAAAUGGCAAGUUUGUUGUUGCAAAUGAUGUUCUGUUAAUAGCGAAAAUCCCUAUAUUUUUUAUUAAUGGCAAAUGUAAAUUAUUUGCUGAUGUUGCUUUUGAGCCAAAACUAUUGAAGAAAGACAAUGACUGCACAACUGUUAUCAAAAUGUGUAGGUAUGAAUUUUCCAAAUGUGAUUAUAUGGCAUAUGUUACAUCUGUUACAUUACUGUGCCAGACUCUAGUAUUUUCAGCCGGAGGUCCAUCUAUAUACGGAUUAGUUAGCCUGUCUGCCAAAGCAAUUGCUAUUAAAGCACUAUGGCAUUCUGUUGCAGAUAUAACUACUUCUGAUUAUGUUAAUAAUAUUACCCAUAACUACAGCUGCAGUUCUAGCUUUGCAUUCUUUUAUUCUUUUGACGAGUUGGAAAGAGAACAGUCUCGCAAAGCAGAGUGGUAUGGUAGUGGACCGUUAAAAUCUAUGAAAAAAAAGAUAUCUUGUAGCGCGGCUUGUGAUUUUGAUGAUGGCGUUACCAAUGCACAUUUUACAGAUAUCUGCUUUCUAAUUGGCCACAUCAAACUGCCUGCCAUUGAUGUCCUUGUAGAUAAGCAGGAGGUGAAUUGGUGGGUGAGUCAGUAUGAAAUAAUGGAGCAGAGAGUCAAUGAUGUAAACAUGAAGAAGGCAGAUGCGAAUAGUUUAAAUGUAUCGGCAGAUUUAUGGAUGAAGUCAAGUGUGAAUUGGUGGGUGAGUCAGUAUGAAAUAAUGGAGCAGAGAGUCAAUGAUGUAAACAUGAAGAAGGCAGAUGCGAAUAGUUUAAAUGUAUCGGCAGAUUUAUGGAUGAAGUCAAGUGUAAGUAAUUAG